CUGGGUAUCCACAACACGUUACCGCGAAGAUGAGAUAUGUUUUGCUGAUUUGAGUGGAAAAUGUCAAGAGCAGCGUUUGAAACUCAAAACUUGGCCCAGAAAUCAAAUUUCCAGGAUGGUGGUUUUGUAGCACCCCAAGUUCCAGGAAAUACUCCAGAGAAAUUAACUGGCCCCUGCGUGUUAUCAGCUGAUAGCCAGCAGCAGUCAGCCAUGGGUCCCCUCACUACGCCUAAAAAAGGAAGGGAAGUAGGCUCGGUGGAUCCCUGGACGCCGACCUCCAAUCUUAAAAUGCUCAUCAGCGCUGCUAGUCCCGACAUCAGGAACAGAGAGAAGGAGCUGUGCAUGGAUCCGGACGGACGGGACGGUCUGGACUCUACGCAGGACACUGAAAAUGGAGAAGAGUGUGAGAAAAUGAUCAGCAGAAAAGAGAAGAGUCUGGGUUUGCUCUGUCAUAAAUUCCUCGCCCGCUACCCAGAUUACCCGGACCCUUCCGUCAACAACGACAUCUGCCUGGAUGACGUGGCCACUGAGCUCAACGUCGAGCGCCGCCGCAUCUACGACAUCAUGAACGUCCUGGAGAGCCUGCACAUGGUGAGCCGCUCGGCCAAGAACCGCUACACGUGGCACGGACGCACCAAACUGGCUCAGACCCUGGCCAUUUUGAAGCAGGUGGGCGAGGAGCACCGGUACGGCCAGCAGAUGCAACAGAUCCGCCACCGACUCCUGGACAAGGAGUUCGACUUUGACGGCGGGGAGGAGAAGGAGAACGAGGUGGUGGUGGACCUGGAGAGCAGGGAACAGGGACAAAGGGAGCUUUUCUUUGUGGAGCUGCCGGGAGUAGAGUUCAAAGGAGCCUCCGUCAACAGCCGGAAGGACAAAUCUCUGCGGGUGAUGAGCCAGAAGUUCGUCAUGCUCUUCCUGGUGUCUAAUCCUCGAGUGGUCAGUCUGGACAUAGCCGCCAAAAUCCUGAUCGGGGAGGACCAGGUCGCAGAUCAAGACAAGAACAAGUUUAAGACCAAAGUGCGGCGGCUGUACGAUAUAGCAAACGUGCUGCGGAGCCUGAAACUGAUCGAGAAAGUUCACGUGACGGAAGAGAGGGGGAGGAAACCAGCGUUUGAAUGGGUCGGCCCCAAUAAAUUCCCCAAAGUCAAAGACUUGGAGAGCUCCACAUCCAAGCCUCUACCCAAGAAGACGAGCGUGCUGGAGCCGCGUCCCUCUGUAGACAACUGUGCCAAAAACCUCUUUCCAUCAUCGGGGGGUAAACGCGGCUUCACCAGACACCCCUCCCUCAUAAAGCUGGCCAAGAGCAUUCAGGACGACCGGCGCAAGAUCAACUCAGCGCCCAGCAGUCCCGUCAAGAGUUCCUUCAAUGACUCAUCAAACGCCGACUUCCCAAACAAGAUGGCCCAACUUGCUGCUAUUUGUAAGAUCGAACUUGACCAGGAGUCAGCGACCGGAGAUGAAGAUCCACAUCCUGCUCCAUCUGAGCCCGACGCAGCUGCUGCCGAGCGGCUCGAGCCGACCGCCUCAAACUCAAUGGAACCACCUCAGACACCAGUCAACACUACUGUCCACCUCACGCCUCAGGCCCAGCUGCCGGCUCAGCCUCCAGGCGCCGUCGCCUACAUCCCCGCACAGUGUUCCCCCCUGAUCCCCGUCCUGUUACCUCAGCAGCAGGGCAACGUCCCCUACGCCGUGUUUUUGCACUCGUCCUCCCUCAGGCCGAACCCUCUGGCCAGGCCGCAGCCCACCAGCCUCGCCGUGCGCUCCAUGACCUUCGAGGAUAAGACCGGCCGCAGCCCGACGGCCCAGCCGGCCGCAGCAAGCCAGGCGGCCUCCAGAGCACCGGACGUGAGCCCCCUGGUGCUCAAACGGCUGUGUCCCGACUCAGCAUCAGAGAGCAGCCCCUCCAAAACCAAGAGGACUGACUCCAACUUCAAGGACGCUUCUCCAAAGCUGUGUGAGAUCCUGCAGGCUCGUCUGAAAGCCCGUCGCGGCGGUCCACUCUCCAGCCGGCCCUCGUCUCGCGCCCUCCACCUGGACCCCGAGUUCGUCAACACCCCCGGCGGUGCGGCCGUAGCCCACCAGGCGCUGGAGCAGAGCUUGGAGACCUUCCUGGAAAGGGAGGACAGGACGGCCAACUCUGACAGCGAGGCGGGACUAACGCCGCUCAGAGAAAUCCCACUGACGCCUGGACAGCUCCACACAGAGACUUUAGUGCCAGCAGGAUACCUGAUCCCGAUCUCCCAGCAGUCCCUCAUCGGCUUCAAGGAAUUUCAAAGUUCAGGCGGAGAAAGCAGCAAGAGCUCAACUCCCACUUAUAAUAUCUUCCAAACUCCAACUGCAGGCUCCAGACCCCCCCCAGCCCAGGAGAUUACACCCACCAGCAUUCGCCUUCACAAACCCAUCGCUGCUGCUACCGCUACCGCCACCGCCGCCUCGCCCCACGCUACCCCUCAGGCCCACCGCCUCCACAGCCCCAGCCCCGCCAUCCUCAACUUCACCCUGCAGAACCUGGGCCUGAUCUCCAACCCCAGUCCCGUAACUGCUUUCGCCACCCCUCAGACUCCGGAGCGUAGCAACACGCUGCCCAGCCCGCUGGCUCUGCAGCAGAGAGGCAUGGUGUUCAUCAAACCGCUGUCACCGGUACCGGUCCAGCAGCCUGGACCUCCUCAGUCAAUGGCCCUCAUCAGCUUACAACAGCCUCUGAUGACCACCCCCAAAGGGACAGCGCUCCCCCAGCACAGCUUCUUCCACACGCCUGUCCCCCUGUCGCCUCUCGCUGCCGUGGUAACCAGCGGAGGACACCCACCGAACACCAAAACUGUUUACAUCCCUCAGAGGAGGCUGGACGUCGCCACUGAGGAUUCCUGAGAGCCUUGAAGGAACCCGACUGAUGUCUGUGUACAUAAUGUGAUGUGUGUGUGCGUAUGUGUGUAUGUAUGGGUGUCGUAUGUGGGUGGGUGUCUCG